GGGCCCGAACACCAAACCCGAUCCAUCCAUCAUCCCCUUCAAAUAUCAAAUACACUUUCUCUUUCACCCAUCUCUCUCUUUUUUCUCCUCAUCAAUGGAGCCGUUUCUCGACGACUUAGCCGACGAUCUACAGAGCUUAAGCUUCACCUCCACUUCCACUGCUACAAUUAACCGCAGCACCAGCUCAGGGUCUGCCUCCAACUCCGGCUCUUCCUCUCUUGCUCCCUCGGCUCACGGCUCCUUCUCUUCCAAAACCAUCCGUUCCGGCUCCCUCUCCCUAGCCGACCUCCGCUUCUCCAUCCGCCUCGGCUCCGGCGACAUAGGCUCCGUCUACUUAGCCGAACUCAAGUCUCAACCCCCGCCUCCCGACACCAAUGCCGGCGAUGCUAACAACAACAACAACAAAGGCAGUAAAAGCGAUGUCGUUUUUGCAGCCAAAGUGAUGGACAAGAAAGAGCUAGCGUCGAGGAGUAAAGAAGGGAGAGCUAGGACCGAGAUGGAAAUACUCGAAUUGUUAGACCAUCCAUUUUUACCUUCGCUUUACGCCGUUAUAGAUUCCCCUAAAUGGUUCUGUCUGUUGACGGAGUUUUGUCCAGGCGGCGACCUUCAUGUCCUCCGUCAACGUCAACCUCUCAAACGUUUCCCCGAUUCCGCCGUCAGGUUCUAUGCAUCGGAGGUGGUGGUGGCUUUAGAGUACCUCCAUAUGAUGGGGAUUGUUUACCGUGAUCUAAAGCCUGAAAACGUGUUGGUUCGAUCAGAUGGUCACAUUAUGCUCACGGAUUUCGACCUUUCAUUGAAAUGCGAUGAGUCCACAUCAACGCCCCACAUUGUUUCCGAUCAAAAACCGCCGGUACCAGGUCUGCGGACUGACUAUCCUAAAGAUCAUCCUCCUUUCACAUCGUCUUCUUGUAUCAUUCCAAAUUGUAUUGUACCUGCUGUUUCAUGUUUCCACCCAAAACGCAAACGCAAAAAGAAGUCUGCCCAUCGUGGUGGGCCUGAGUUUGUGGCUGAGCCCAUUGAUGUCCGGUCCAUGUCUUUUGUAGGGACACAUGAAUAUUUGGCACCGGAAAUUGUGUCCGGUGAGGGCCAUGGUAGCCCUGUGGAUUGGUGGACAUUGGGGAUCUUUAUGUAUGAACUGUUUUAUGGGGUAACACCGUUCAAGGGCGUGGACCAUGAGCUAACCUUAGCCAACAUUGUGGCUCGAGCCCUUGAGUUCCCUAAAGAACCCAUGGUUCCAGCAGCGGCUAAAGAUCUUAUUUCCCAGCUGUUGGUGAAGGAUCCUCCAAGGCGUUUAGGGUCCACAAUGGGUGCAUCAGCCAUCAAGCACCACCCAUUCUUCCAAGGGGUCAAUUGGGCAUUGCUAAGAUGCACGACCCCACCAUAUGUACCUCCACCUUUUAGUAAAGAAGUUGUAUCAGAUGAAAGCUGUCCAGAGACCCCAGUAGAGUAUUAUUAGGGUGAAGUAAAGAAAUGAUCAGUAAAUUAAAAAAGAAUCAAGCGUCCCCUAUAGCAAUCAUGUAACUUGUGAUUAUAUUUUUUGGAAUCUAUAUUGCAACGAGUAUUCAUUUAUCUUUAAA